UCCCCAUUCUGCAGUAGCUUGUUAAUAUUAGUUCUGACCUUUGGGGCAAGGUGAACACAUGGUUGGCCUGAAGAGAAAAGGCUCCGGGUGACUCAGGAACUUCUUUGGCUACUACAGCAGCUGAUAUUUCAACAGCGGGCACACACCCCAUCUUACCAAGGGUACUUCCCCGGCCUUCCCAGGGAACCAACGAGCGCUUCCAGACUCCCUCUUUGAUGCCAUCCUCUGCAACUGCUUUGGGGGUCUAAAUGCAAGAGAGCCGUGUAUUGGAUAAUUAGCGAUGGAAGAAAGAACCUCUAGGAGAACAGCUGUGAAAGCUGCUGAGAUCUGCCUCCAUCACCUUCGCCUCCCCACCCCAUGCAGGAUAUAAGCACAUGAUCUUUGGUCUUUUAUUUGCAUACUCUACUAGUCCUGUCUUCAUUGGAGGGAAGCGACUGGCCAGACCUGGGCUGUCUUGCUGGCUGCCUUCCUUGCUGGGCUUCAACUUAUCUCCUAUGUACACAGCCCUUGGAGUUCAGAGGCCUCUGCUGAUCUCUGCCCAACGUCUCCUUCUCUGCAUCCAAGCCCCCACUGGUACAUACAGGAGCAGAGGCAGACAAAGCAGGCAAGGACUAGGAAAGAGGAGAGAGGCUGGAGACAGGCUGCCAGAAGGCUCAGAGCCCCAGCACACCUCCCUGUUCCAACUCUGUCCACCUUCUGCUAUAGCCUCAGCAACAGAAAAGACAGCUAAUAAGACAGGAAGUGAGGCCCAGUACCUUCUGGACAGUGGUGUCAUUAGCUACGACGCCUAAGAUGUCUCAAGAGAUGGGAGAGCUCACCCAAACCAGGUUGCAGAAGAUCUGGAUUCCACACAGCAGCGGCAACAGCGGGCUGCGACGGAGGAGGGGCUCAUCCAUACCCCAGUUUACAAAUUCCCCUACAAUGGUGAUCAUGGUGGGUUUACCAGCUCGAGGAAAGACCUACAUCUCCACGAAGCUCACACGCUAUCUCAACUGGAUAGGAACACCAACUAAAGUGUUUAAUUUAGGCCAGUAUCGUCGAGAGGCAGUGAGCUACAAGAACUACGAAUUCUUUCUCCCAGACAACAUGGAGGCCCUACUUAUCAGGAAGCAGUGUGCCCUGUCAGCCCUGAAAGAUGUCCAUGACUAUUUCAGUCGUGAGGAAGGUCAAGUUGCGGUUUUUGAUGCCACCAACACUACCAGAGAACGACGGUCACUGAUUCUGCAAUUUGCUAAAGAACACGGUUACAAGGUCUUUUUUAUUGAGUCCAUUUGCAAUGACCCUGGCAUAAUUGCAGAGAACAUCAGGCAAGUAAAACUUAGCAGCCCUGAUUACGUAGACUGUGACCGGGAAAAGGUUCUAGAAGACUUUCUAAAGAGAAUCGAGUGCUAUGAGGUUAACUACCAACCCUUGGAUGAUGAACUUGACAGCCACCUGUCCUACAUCAAGAUCUUCGACGUCGGCACACGCUACAUGGUGAACAGAGUGCAGGACCACAUCCAGAGCCGCACAGUCUACUAUCUCAUGAACAUCCACGUCACACCCCGCUCCAUCUACCUAUGCCGGCAUGGUGAGAGUGAACUCAACCUCAAAGGCCGCAUCGGAGGUGACUCUGGCCUCUCAGCUCGGGGCAAGCAGUAUGCCUAUGCCCUGGCCAACUUUAUUCAGUCCCAGGGCAUCAGUUCCCUGAAGGUGUGGACAAGCCACAUGAAGAGGACUAUCCAGACAGCAGAAGCCCUGGGCGUCCCCUAUGAGCAGUGGAAGGCCCUGAAUGAGAUUGAUGCGGGCGUCUGUGAGGAGAUGACCUAUGAAGAAAUCCAAGAACACUACCCUGAAGAAUUUGCACUACGAGACCAAGAUAAAUAUCGCUACCGCUAUCCCAAGGGUGAGUCCUAUGAGGAUUUGGUCCAGCGUCUGGAGCCAGUUAUAAUGGAGCUAGAACGACAGGAAAACGUACUGGUGAUCUGCCACCAGGCUGUCAUGCGAUGCCUUCUGGCCUACUUCCUGGACAAGAGCUCAGAUGAGCUGCCAUAUCUCAAGUGCCCGCUGCACACAGUGCUCAAACUGACACCUGUGGCUUAUGGUGAGUGCCCCCAGCUUCAUCUGGGGAACUCACAUAGAUGCCAUGAUCAUGCCUCCAGUGCCUACUAUUUGCACAGCAGAGUCCUGAGGGAGGUUCCCUGUGUGGGUAGUUGGAUGUCUUGGCAGAGGCGGGACUGGUGGUAGCAAGGUGAAAAUGGGAAAGGACUGAGGCCUCUAAAUCUGAGGACUGGCCCCAGCUUUCUCUGUCUCUACCAGAGCACCAAGCUUAUAGCAUAAAGCUGGAGAGGAGAGGGUCCCAAAGAGGACCCAAGGAAUAAAUGUAUGUUGGGGCCAGAUUGAACAAAAGAUUUAAAGACCAGCCUGGGCUGGUCUCUCCUGGGGGCAUUAAUUAGCUGUGGAAUGUUCAUGAGCAAGGAAGAGACAGACUCAAAUCUCUUCUGGGGUGUGAACAGGGCAGGCAGUGUACUGAAGUCUGGAUUAGGGUGCAAUCCACAGGGAUGGAGCCAAGGGGGCUUCUGCAGGCAUUGAGCCUCCUCUGCCAGCUCCAGGCCCCAAGGAUACCACCCUCCUCUUUCCUCAGUCUCCCCAGAACUCCUUUGUGACCUUCCAUACCCUGGUGUUGCCAUAAACCACAUAGUUCUCUAAAUAAACUCUACCUGGGACUGACCACCCCGAGGCAGUGGCCGCAGGACUCUCCAACCACUUCAGCACCUAACACAGCUUGGAGGAUCCACAGAGCUCCAUGGUUGCUACAUAGAUUAGGUUUCUGUCUCAUAGACAAGAGCUGGGGGUGGGCAGAGACCAUCUCUUCUCAUCUCUCUUUCCCACUGACAACUGAGGAACGGAGGCUCAGAGAACUCUGAGACUAACAGGGGCAGAGCUGGGUGGAUGCCCCACUCCUGCCUCUCAGGCCUGCUGUCUUCCCCACACAUCAUGCAGCUGGCCUAAAUUCCCCUCUCUACAGGGCAGAGUCACAAUCUGCACACAGCAUGGAGCUGGGGGUGUGGGUGGUGAUGGGUGGGGGGCCGAGUGACACCUCAGGGAAGAUGUGUGCUCACCUUGGUGGCUUGUGGCUGGAUGAGUUGUUCUU